CUACCAUGAAGGACCUCACCCUAUUGAUGCACUGGAACAUCCCCAAACUGCUGAGAAUAAUGUUAGGUUCAGAGUAGGCGUGGACUGCCCCUUGUUUUCUGCACCAGUCUCUUAAAUGUCAGAGCUCAAAAAUUCCAUGCCUUAUUUUGACUACACUCUGAGAUCUGGAUCAUUUGAGUCAACCUAUAUUUAUCAUAGUUUGUUAUAGCAUGUACAGAGCUUAUUGAAGAACCUAGCUGCAGUCCAUGUGAAGAGGUACAAAAUAUUAUUAAUCUGAGGAUGACUAAAGACGCAUUUGCUGUCACUGUCGUGAUCUUGUGGCUGCUCUACAAUCCGGCGAAAAGCAGGGGAACCGGGGGAUUUCAAGGCGCCAUUCCUCACCCAAAUAAAUACAGCACCAACGAGACGGAACAGUCUCCGCAGACACCGCAGGGCAGUUUAAGGGGAAUGGGGCCGUCUUCGGUCGUGGACGAGGUGCUGAACUCCAGCCAGGUGGCAUUACACGUAACGAAGCGCCGUUAUCUGAAGCUUGACUGGUGCAAAACUCAGCCGCUCAAACAGACGAUCAUCGAGGACGGGUGCCAGAAGCGCGACAUCAUCAUUAGCUUCUGUUACGGACAGUGCAACUCCUUUUACAUUCCUCACGUGUAUCAAGAGGACAGUGUCUUCAAGUCGUGCUCAAUGUGCAAGCCAAAGACUUUUACCACCGUUACAUACACUCUCGUCUGUCCCGGGCAGAUCCCAUUCACCAAGACGAAGCGCGUGCGGCGCGUGAAGGAGUGCCGCUGUACAUCUGUCGAUUUGGAUUAAAAGUGCUGACUUUUACUUGUGUGCUUUUGUCUCAAAGUUACGAUUCAGUGCAUUUCUAAAGCUGAAAUGAAUUAUGUAGGAACAUUGUUUAUGUUUCCUCCAUCAUUAGCUGUUUAAGCCUGCUGAAAACAUGCAAACAAAUAGCUAAAACGAGCCUAAAAGAUGGUCUCCCAGUCUGAGCAGUUAAAAGUAUCAAAAACACCUCUAAAACCAGCUGGGCGACCAGCUAAGACCAGACAGCUAGCUUAGGCUGGUUUUAGCAAUUUUUUUUUCAGCAGGGAAAAUCAAAAUGUGGCAUAUAUGUUGUGAAGAAAUACAAUCUAUGCAAUUAAAUGUACUUUAAAAACAUAUAAUAAGUUAUAAUACUAUACAAAGAGUGACAUACAAUAGAUUCUAUUUUUCUCCACUGUGUGGAGCAAGAUUUGCACAUUGACACAAAUAGCUUACUCUGUGGCUUUUUUUGUAAUGUAGAAUAGGCCUGUUUUCAUACAUAUUGUGGUUGUAAUCUAAUAAGUAAUUUUGUAAAAAGAAAACAAGACCCAGUCCAGUGCAUUUAUCAUGGUGCUAAUACAAGCAUUUAAUACAUGGGUUGCAAAUGGAAACAUUAAUGCUUGCCUACAAGGCCAAAACGCAGCAAAUACGCCAGCACUGAAAAUGUGAAAAUUGUUUAUUGAUUAUCCAGCCAAAUGUGGAUUAUAAAAAAGUUGGACUUUUUUUUUCUCUGAAUAGGAGCAUCUUUGAGUCAUAAUUGCUUGUCACAGGACAAAUCAUUGUCUACUAUAGAUUUCAGUCUUAACGAUUUGGACAAAAUGUGUAGUUACUGCGUUUUGACCUUUUAAUCUUAAAGUUUUGAAAUAGUCAAGUCAAGAUGUUUUCAAUGUUUAAGAAACAUGAAUGAAAUCCCAAUGAGUUGCAUUGAAGCAGCAUACUGUUAUCAAUAAAAAAAAUUAUGUUCAUCAAGAUAAAAUCGAAAGUUAUAGUUCCUCAUAAAGAAUAUUUAAAAUGCAUUUUAUAUUAUUUUCCAGGUACAUUGUCAUUGGAACAGGACAUUUUAUUUUUCUGAUAAUCUGUAAUGAUUCAAUGUGGCCACAAAAGUCACUGCAUUGCUACUCAAUAUGCAAAAUACAUUUUCUGCCUUUUCUAAACACCCAAAAAUGAAAAUUCUAUCAUCAUUUACUCACCCUCAUGCCAUCCCAGAUGUGUAUGACUUUCUUUCUUCUGCUGAUUAGAAACAAAGUUUUUUAUAAGGAUAUUUCAGUUCUGUAGGUCCAUACAUGCAAGUGAAUGGUGGCCAGAUUCCAGUGGUUAAAUCCAGGUCUUCAGAAGUGAUAUGAUAAGUGUGGGUGAGAAACAUAUCAACAAUUAAGUAAUUUUUUAUUAUAAAUCUCCACUUUCACUUAAACAUUCUUUUUGCUUUUGGCCAUUUGCAUUCUUGUAGGGAGAAGCAUUUAGAGUAAAAAAACGUACAAAUAUUGAUCUGUUUCUCACCCAUACUUUUGAGUUGAAAUAUUCUUCUAAAAACCUUAAUUUCUGUUCAGCAUAAGAAAGUAAGGCAUUUACAUUGGGAAAGCAUGAGGGUGAGUUAAUGAUAAGAGAAUUUUCAUUUUUGGGUGAACUAUCCCUUUAAUUGUUUAGACUGGUCAUGGUCCCGGAGCAAGUACACCAGAUCUUUGAUUCUUAAAUGUGUAAGUGAGCGAUAUGUUGUUGGGUUACACCCAGGACCCAGGAGGCUGGAGGUCUUGCAUACAAAUGUAUCUGGCCCUCUUUGGGAAUGGAGAGUUUUAGCUGGUGGUCAGACUUUCUUCUUUCAGUCGUACUCUCUCUUUCUGUCAUUAAAAAACAGAAACAUACAUAUUUCACACAGGAGUGUAGUAAACAUUACAACUUGGGGGUUGCACAAUUUUGCAUCAACAGAACAAACCCAUGCAAGAAAUAUUCCUACUAAGUAUUCCUACAACCCUCCUGCCUUUCAGAAUGUUAUGGCACCUGAUUAAUAUUGUGUUACUGUAUAUAUGUAGGCCUACUGAUUAACUGUUUAUAAUAUGAUCCUCCCUAUUCGAUGAAUUUUCAACUUAUUCAGAUUGUUUCUACGCACCUGAUUGAACAUUAUAAUAAAGACUCAUUCAGCUUUGUUGAAUUGCACUAUGCUGUUUAAAAACCUAAUUUAUGAAAGCAAUGUAAGUGCAGCGUAGUUCCAGCGGGAAGACUAGCAGUACAUCAUCGUACCAUUAGCUAGGUAACUCUUAGCCAAUCACAUGUAAGCCAUUGCUUUAUAAGUCUGCUCACAAUCUAUCACAUUGCUGUUCCAGUGUGCUAACACGGCAACCUCCACCACCCCACCACCACCAGUUGAGGGGGUAGGCUCCUCGCCUCUGCCUCCUUUCUCCGGCAGGAUAUGACG